AUUGUGCAAUGUGAUGGGGGAUCCAAAAGAGCAUAGGACAGAGGCUGCAGUUGCGCGAAUCUGGACAGCAAACAGCAACCGAGGUAAAGAAGGAUAUCCUGGAGUUAAUUAAAAUAAAUAUGCAGCGGUCAAGUACUCAAUCUCCGGAUUCAGUUUUCAGACAGUACUUUUAUAGUUAGAAUUUUCAUAUAAUCUAACAACUUUUACAGGACGACAACGUAACAACUGCAAUCUAAGCUAAGUGGGUCAGUUGCCACACGUUUAUAAUCUUUCUAGAAGGAAGAAAAGGAACUGGAAGAAACUCUUUACUGCCCACAGUCUUUGUAGGAUCGCAGUCAUGACUCGUUUAAUUAGUGGAAUAUAAAAGGUUUUGGUUCCGUUAACAGUUACACACAGCAAAUUGUAUUGCAUCUACCUGCCUCUCAAUGUGGCCCAUGUUGACACGGAUAACUAAAUCAUUACUGGUGUCAAGGAAAAUAAAUUCACAUGCUUUGGGUUAGCAGCUAAAACAGUUGCACAUACAUGCAUGUGGACAGUGCCUGGUUGGACUGCCCCAUAAAAUGAUCCACCAAGGGUGAAACAUGUAUCGAUUAUAAGCAGGAGUCGGGGAGUAAUGCUGCGGUAUCUGCUACCGAGACAAGACUGGACCUAAACCCGAUGGGAAUCUGCCUGGUGUGAGCACAGCAACUCAUUAUUGUGUGUCUAGGGUCUGCUGAACUGUUUCAAACAAAUAGCAGCAAUGGCUUCCGAAGUGAUGUGUGGUUUGAUUUUCCGAUUGAUACUUCCAAUUUGUUUAGUGUCCGCCUGUGCGUUCCGAUACAAUAUGCUAUCAUUCGUCUACCUCAUCUACCUCUUGCUCAUUCCACUUUUUUCAGAACCAACCAAAACAACAAUGCAGGGACACACGGGAAGAUUGUUAAAAUCCUUAUGUUUUAUGAGCCUCUCUUUUCUGCUGCUUCACAUCAUCUUUCAAAUCACAAUAAACAGCCUACUGGCCAGGAACCAUAUUGAUCCAGGUUUUAACUGUUCAUCUUGGGAAAAGGCACUUCGGCAAAUAGGAUUUGAGAGUGUACGAGGUGCAGAUGCUGGAAACGGAAUUAGAGUCUUCGUACCAGACAUCGGAAUGUUCAUUGCUGGGCUCACAACAUGGCUGGUAUGCAGGAACCUCGUUCAGAAAGCAGCAGCAGAAGAGAUAGCGCAGUAUAACACAGAUUUCCAAAAUGAGGAACGGAAUGAAGAGGAAAAGCUUGAACUGGAAGACAGUAAUAUGUACACAGAAGAUUUUGAUGCUGGAUAUGCAGGUGAACUGGAAGAAGAGGAGGAAGAAAGCACAAAACUAAAACUGCUUCGCAGAGUGGCAUCUGUAGCAUCAAAACUGAAAGAAAUUAUUGGCAAUAUUAUAACCACUGCAGGAAAAGUAGUAGUGACAAUAUUACUUGGUUUAACAGGAAUCACAUUGCCAUCUUUGACCUCAGCUGUAUAUUUCUUUGUAUUUUUGGGAUUAUGCACAUGGUGGUCCUGUUGCCGAACUUUUGAUCCGCUGAUAUUCAGCUGCCUAUGUGUAUUAAUGGCCAUUUUCAGUGCAGGCCACUUAGCUGGAUUAUAUCUGUACCAGCUCCAGUUCUUUCAAGAGAUUGUUCCACCUGGGGAUUUCUAUGCAAGACUCUUUGGUAUAACACCAGUAAUUCAAACAAAUUGUUGUGCAACAUGGAAGAUCGAACUAAAUGCACAGUUGAAAUGGUACCACAACGUAAAUCCACUCUUCCUAUUGGUACUCUAUUACACACUGGCCACGCUCAUCCGUCUUUGGCUGCAGGAACCAGUCAUCGUGGCACAUGCUGAUGAAGACGAGGAGGAGGUAACCAGCAAAGGAGAAGAAGAGAAGGAGAUUGUAAACAAUCCAGCACCAGUGACUGCAGAGCGGAGACGUAGCCUGUGGUAUGCGGCACACUAUGCAACAGAUGAAAGAAAACUUCUGUCAAUGACGCAGGAUGAAUACCAUCCGUCAGAUGUUCUGAUGGUGACUGUGAAUGGCAAUCCCAUUGAUUUCCACAAUAUAAAUCCUACUCUGGCCAUCGAAAAUGGACCAGCAAAAUUAGAUGUAUAUUCAACACCACAGUAUAAAUGGGAGCAACCAGAUGAAACAUCAGAAAAGAAAGAAGAAGAGGAAGAUGAUGAAGAAGAAGAAGGGGAUGAUGAUGGGGAGUCGGAUGAAGAAAAGGAAAAUCCUAAGGUCCAUGCAUUAGUCACAGUCUUCCGAUUUAUAAUGAAGCAGAGUUACAUUUGCGCACUUAUUGCUAUGAUGGCUUGGAGUAUUACUUACCACAGCUGGCUGACCUUUGUACUACUCAUAUGGUCCUGUACUCUUUGGAUGGUCCGCGACAGAAGAAAGUAUGCAAUGCUAACAUCACCAUUUAUGGUCAUCUAUGGAAACAUUCUGUUAACCUUGCAAUACAUAUGGAGUUUUGAACUGCCCAAUGAACUUCCUCAGCUAUCUGGAUUGUUAGAAACCAGAGAAGUUCCAUUUAGAGAACUAAGCUCAAAGGUUGUUUACUUGUUGACAUUUUGGUUGCUGCUUCGGCAGCAUCUCACAGAGCAUAAAGAGUUUAAAGACAAAGAAGAAUUGGCCCUUUCAGAGGUAAAAGUGGGAACAGAAGCCAAAGAAGAGGAAGAGGAAGAGGUACAUGUAGAAGCUGAGGAUGAGGAAGACAUAAUGAAGGUUCUGGGAAACAUGGUGAUGGGAAUGUUUGUCAAGUACUGGAUCUACGUCUGUGGUGGCAUGUUCUUCUUUGUCAGCUUUGAAGGAAAAAUUGUCAUGUACAAAAUUAUUUACAUGAUGCUCUUCCUGUUGUGUGUGGCCCUGUAUCAGGUGCAUUACGAUUGGUGGAGGAGAAUUCUUAAGUAUUUUUGGAUGUCUGUUGUUGUUUACACUAUGUUGGUCCUCAUCUUCAUCUAUACAUAUCAGUUCAAGUCAUUCCCUAGUCUUUGGUCCAACAUGACAGGGAUGGAUGAAGGAAAGUUGGAGGAUCUUGGCCUACAACAGUUCACUGUUGCUGAGCUGUUCACCCGAAUUUUCAUCCCUACCGCCUUUUUGCUCGUGUGCAUUCUACACCUUCAUUAUUUCCAUGAUCGCUUUCUGCAACUUACUGAUCUUCAAGCAGUUACCAGCAAACAGGACAGUGCCAUUUACAGGCUGGUACAUCAAGAUGAUAGUCUACCAGAUCUAGGCAUGAUGGGACUUACUAGUUCUGCUGCUAUAGAAGAUGUCAGCAUUCCGCCAAAGGGUGAAGCAGGACAGGGAGAUGAUGGGUCCAGGGGAGAUGGAGAAGGAAAAGAAGGUGACGAAGGAAAUGAAGAUGAGGAUGAUGAAGAAGAUGAAGAAGUAGAGGAUGAAAUGAUUUCAGACUUAAGAAAUAAGUGGCAUCUUGUGAUAGAUCGUCUCACAGUGCUUUUCCUAAAAUUUCUGGAAUAUUUUCACAAGCUUCAGGUUUUUGUAUGGUGGAUUCUAGAGCUCCAUAUAAUCAAAAUCGUCUCAUCGUACAUUAUCUGGGUCACCAUAAAAGAGGUCUCCUUAUUCAACUAUGUUUUUUUAAUUGCCUGGGCUUUUGCCUUACCAUAUGCCCAGUUCCGCUCUUUAGCUUCAAGUGUCUGUACUGUAUGGACUUGUGUGAUCAUCAUUUGCAAAAUGUUGUACCAGCUAGCAUCUAUCGACCCUUCAAACUACUCCAGUAACUGUACACAGCCUUUAAUGAAUGAAACAAAUAUACAGAAAAGGGAAGAGUUGUUUAGUUCCGUACUUUACAGGUCAUCGGUUGAUCCAUCAAACUGGGUUGGAUUAAAAAAGUCUACCCCCCUCCUGGUGUACCUGAGAAACAAUUUACUGAUGUUAGCUAUCUUGGCCUUUGAAGUAACGAUUUACCGCCAUCAAGAAUACUAUAGACUGCGUAACAAUCUCACAGCACCAGUGACUAAAACCAUCUUUCAUGACAUUACAAGACAACACUUGGAUGAUGGAAUUGUGAAUUCUGCCAAGUACUUCAUAAAUUACUUUUUCUAUAAGUUUGGUUUAGAGACAUGCUUCUUAAUGGCUGUUAAUGUGGUUGGUCAACGUAUGGAUUUCUACGCCAUGUUUCAUGCCUUUUGGUUGAUUGCAAUAUUGUAUCGCCGUAGAAGAAAAGCCAUUGCUGAGAUAUGGCCCAAAUACUGUUGCUUCCUAGCAUGUAUCAUAACUUUCCAGUAUUUAAUUUGCAUUGGUUUUCCUCCUGCACCAUGCAAAGACUACCCAUGGAGGCAUGCUGGAGCUAGGUUUAACUCCAACAUAAUAAAAUGGUUAUACUUUCCAGAUUAUAUCACAAGGCCUAAUCCAUUUUUUCUCACAUAUGAUUUCAUGCUGCUGCUCUGUGCAUCCCUGCAACGCCAAGUGUUUGAGGAGGAGAACAAGGCUGCAGUACGAAUACUGGCAGGAGACAAUGUUGAAAUCUGUAGGGAUCUGGAUGCUGCUUCCUUUAGUCAGCAUAAUCCUGUGCCAGAUUUUAUUCACUGCAGAUCCUACUUGGAUAUGAUUAAAGUUAUAAUGUUCAGCUACCUCUUCUGGUUCGUCCUUACCAUCAUCUUCAUCACUGGAACAACGCGGAUAAGCAUAUUCUGCAUGGGUUAUCUGGUCGCCUGCUUCUAUUUCUUGCUCUUUGGUGGAGACCUUUUGUUGAAGCCCAUCAAAAGUAUACUGUUUUACUGGGACUGGCUGAUUGCGUACAAUGUGUUCGUAAUUACAAUGAAGAAUAUACUGUCAAUUGCAGCUUGUGGCUACAUUGAGUCUUUGAUUAAAAACAGCUGUUGGGCAAUUCAAGCGUUUAGCCUAGCAUGUACAGUUAAAGGUUACUAUAUACCUGGAGAUACUCCAGACUGCAAACUUCCGAGUGGAGAAGCUGGAAUUAUCUGGGACAGCAUAUGCUUCUGCUUCCUGUUGUUACAAAGACGAGUAUUCAUGAGUUAUUAUUUUCUACAUGUUGUAGCUGAUAUCAAAUCUUCACAAAUCCUGGCAUCCAGAGGAGCUGAGUUGUUCCAAGCAACUAUUGUCAAAGCGGUGAAAGCAAGAAUUGAAGAAGAAAAAAAAUCUAUGGACCAACUUAAGAGACAGAUGGACCGAAUCAAAGCAAGACAACAGAAGUAUAAAAAGGGCAAAGAAAGAAUGUUAAGUUUGGCUCAAGAAUCUGGAGAGGGGCAAGCCAUUCAGAAGUCUAAUGAGGAUGAUGAAGGAGAAGCAGACAAAGAAAAAGCCAAGGGCAAAAAAAAGCAGUGGUGGCGACCUUGGGUUGAUCAUGCUUCCAUGGUUCGAAGUGGUGAUUACUAUCUGUUUGAGACGGACAGUGAAGAGGAAGAGGAAGAUGAGAAAAAAGAAGAUGAUGAAACCCCAAGGAAGUCUGCAUUCCAGCGAGCAAUUGGAAAAUUUGCCUCAGCUCUUAUAGCCUUGCCAAAGUCUAUCAUUAAACUUCCCAAAACUAUUCUCCACUAUUUAAUCAAAGCUGCAAAGUUUGUCUAUCAAACAUGGAUUGCAGACUCCAAAAAUGCCUUUAAAGGACAACAAAAAGAUAAACAUCUCAGUAAAGAAGCAAGAAAACGACAGUGGGAGAACAGAAAGAAGGCUAAUGAUGGUGGUAGUGGAGAAGGUCAUAUUGCUAUAGAAUGUGAAGAGCGAGAAGAGGAACCUGAAAAAAAGUCGUCUGAUGGGCCAGAUAAUAUAAUCAAGAGAAUCUUCAAUGUGCUCAAGUUCACCUGGGUGCUCUUUUUGGCUAUGCUGGAUAGUUUUAUUACCUGGCUUAAUUCCAUCUCAAGAGAACACAUUGAUAUAUCCACAGUACUAAGGAUAGAGAGGUGUAUGCUGACCAGAGAAAUUAAGAAGGGCAAUGUUCCAACUCGUGAAAGCAUUCAUAUGUAUUACCAGAAUCAGAUGAUGAUGCACCUCUCCCGCGAAUCAGGACUGGAUCAAAUUGACAAUGAGCCAGGGCCCACAACAAGUACACAAAAGCUGGAACAAACUAGAGCAGCUGACAGAAUGGAUAGUUUAGAUUCAGCUGCUUCACAUGACAGUAUUUCCAGCUGCUACACCGAAGCCACCAUGCUCUUCUCACGGCAGUCAACUCUAGAUGAUUUAGAUGGACCUGACACUGUUCCUAAAACAAGUGAGCGUGCUCGACCUAGGCUUCGUAAAAUGUACAGCAUGGACAUGUCCUCCUCCUCAGCUGAGAGUGGCAGUAUAAUAUCAAGUGAACCUACACAGUGUACGAUGCUGUAUUCUCGUCAGGGGACAACAGACACAAUUGAAGAAGUAGAAGAUGAACAGGAGGAAGAAGUUAUUGAUCCUGAAAUUCAGGUUGAAUCCGAAGUGCCACUUACCCUCAUGGAGCCGAAGGAGACAGAUUUUACCCCAGAGACAGAACUUCCUGUCUCUGCAGUGGACACAGAUGGACCAACAUAUGGCACAGAUGGUGAUGCAGAAAUUCCCCCUUCUUACAGCAAAGCUGUCAGCUUUGAUCGACUCUCCUUUGGUUCUCAGGAUAGUUCUACUGGUGGGAAACAACUGAUGGUCUUAAGUCCGGAUGAAAGCCACUCUGAUAAGUUAGACCCCUCUCUGCUUGUUCCUCCAACACAUGAACUGACUGCUAGUGAGCUUCUGCUGAACAAAAUGUUUUAUGACGAAGAACUGGAAGACUCAGAAAAGUUCUACAAAACUCAGCCACGAAUUUUACUCCUCAUCUUUGCACUUUAUAAUACACUGGUGGCGCGAUCAGAAAUGGUGUGCUAUUUUGUCAUUAUUUUAAACCACAUGAUUUCUGCAUCAAUGAUUACCUUGGUACUCCCUAUCUUGAUAUUCUUGUGGGCCAUGCUUUCUGUCCCCAGACCAAGUAAACGCUUCUGGAUGACAGCAAUUGUCUACACAGAGGGCUUAUGGGAUGAAGAUGAUGCGUGUGAAAAAGGCACAAGUAAAGAGGAAACAGAUGAUGAACUGUCUAUAACAACAGGAAGAAGGGACUCAGCAGGUUCUUUAAAGUCAAUUAAUCUAGCAGCAUCUGUUGAAUCCAUCCAUGUUCAUUUUCCUGAACAACAGACUUCGGUGAGAAGGAAAAGUUCCAGUGGUGGGUCACAGAUUUCACACAGAUCAAGUCAUUCUUCACACAGGUCAAAGAGAGGCAGCACCAGUACGAGAAACAGCAGUCACAGAGGAAGUAGCUUACUUAGUGUCAAACAGAAGUCCAGGAAGGAACUUAUAAUGGAGAAGAUCAGAGAACAAAUGAUAAAGGCCAAAGCAUUUGCAAUAAAAAAAACCCUUCAAGUUUAUGUGCCUAUCAAACACUUCUUCUACAACCUCAUUCAUCCAGAGUACAGUGCUGUAACUGAUGUCUAUGUGCUGAUGUUCUUAGCAGAUACAGUGGAUUUCAUCAUCAUUGUUUUUGGCUUCUGGGCCUUCGGGAGGCAUUCGGCAGCUGCAGAUAUUACAUCAUCGUUAUCAGAAGACCAAGUUCCAGAAGCAUUUCUGGUCAUGGUUCUGAUCCAGUUUGGUACCAUGGUCGUGGAUCGAGCUCUGUAUCUUAGAAAGACGGUAAUGGGUAAAGUCAUCUUCCAAGUUAUCCUUGUCUUUGGGAUACAUUUUUGGAUGUUCUUUAUCUUACCAGGAGUUACUGAGAGAAAAUUUAGUCAGAACACAGUCGCACAGCUUUGGUAUUUUGUGAAGUGCGUUUACUUUGGACUGUCAGCAUACCAGAUCCGUUGUGGUUAUCCAACACGUGUACUUGGCAACUUCCUGACAAAAAGUUACAACUAUGUCAACCUAUUUUUGUUUCAAGGGUUCCGCUUGGUUCCAUUUCUUACUGAACUGAGAGCAGUUAUGGACUGGGUGUGGACAGAUACUACACUAAGCCUUUCCAGCUGGAUCUGUGUGGAGGACAUCUAUGCACAUAUCUUCAUACUGAAGUGCUGGCGGGAAUCUGAGAAGAGGUACCCUCAGCCCCGUGGACAGAAGAAGAAGAAAGUUGUGAAGUAUGGAAUGGGUGGUAUGAUUGUGGUCUUACUGAUAUGCAUCGUCUGGUUCCCCUUGCUCUUCAUGUCGUUGAUCAAGUCUGUUGCAGGCGUCACCAACAAACCUCUGGAUGUAUCCAUCAAAAUCACUCUGGGAGGUUAUCAGCCAAUUUUCACCAUGAGUGCACAGCAGAAGGAGCUACGAGAUCUUACAUCUCAUGACUUUGAGAAGCUAAAAAAAGAUGUUUCAUCAUUAGCUUCUGCCCUCCAGUUCCUUGAGGCUUACUCACAUGAAGAUGUUACAGUAGCCAACCUAGAAGGAAAUUCAAAUUCCUUGUGGACCAUCAGCCCUCCAAGUCGAAAUAUGAUGAUAGAGAGGCUAAAUGACACAUCUUCUGCCUUUUUCCUUGUCAUAUCAUGGAGCAUUCAAAGAAAUCUGAGUCUUGGUGCUAAGGCUGAAAUAGCAUCUGACAAGCAUACAGUCAACUUACAGAACAAAACUAGAGAAAGCCUUGUCAAGAUGAUGGUGGGGGAAAACUCAGAGCCUGUGACAUUAGAAAAUAUGUAUCCAUAUUAUAUAAAAGCACCAAGUGAUUCCAAUGCAAAACCAGUAAAGCAGUUUUUCAGAGAUCCUGAUAGAGAGUUCAAAAACAUCACUGUACUACUCAAAGGUAGUUCUAAACAUGACACAGAUAAGCAGCAGUGGUGGGUUGUUAAUCAGAAAGACAAAAAAUUCUCCAAUAACAACAGCAGCUUAGAGCUGAUUGUCUUCAGCGACAAAGUCAGCCCUCCUAGUCUUGGGUUCCUGGCAGGCUAUGGUAUCAUGGGACUGUAUGCUUCAGUCGUGCUGGUGAUAGGAAAAUUUGUACGUGAAUUCUUCAGUGGGAUCUCCCAUUCGAUCAUGUUUGAAGAAUUGCCAAAUGUGGACCGUAUUCUAAAGCUAUGUACAGAUAUAUUCCUUGUACGAGAAACAGGAGAACUAGAACUGGAAGAGGAUCUCUAUGCCAAAUUAAUAUUCCUGUACAGAUCACCAGAGACAAUGAUUAAAUGGACAAGGGAGAAAACAAACUGACGUUUCUGUACCUGUGUCAGAAACUAUGCAGACUCCAUCUGAAAUAAAAGCACAAUAAUCUUGGAAAUACUUGGCUUGCAAACAGUUAGGCAGCAGUGGUGUUUCUCCAACAAAACCUAGGGGGACAGUUUUUCUGAAAUCUCAAAUGCCUUUAUCAGUAAAAUAAAGAAGAUUGUUUUAAUGCCACUCCAAAAACGUUAGCUAACAAACUGGUUAAGUUUUCUAUCUGGCAAUAUCAGGGCUGGAGAAUUCACCUAUUUGCUGUCCAAAAACCGUUAAACUGGAGAUUCAGCUUUUCCAGGGUGGUAUAAUUUGGGUUGUGCAAUAUGUUCUUAUGCAUCACAUGUGUUCGGGAUACAGCAGUGGGAACCUGGUGAAUCUUUAACUGUUAAAACAACAAAAAAGGAGCAACAGAAGAAGAAACCCUAUUUUUUCCUUUAAUGGAGGACUGAAGGUUUGAACUGAUUAAGCCUACAAAAUGGAUACACCUAUGCAGCAAAGAUGAAAAAAUUAAAAACAAAAAAAAAAAAAAACAGAAAUGGUGACUAUACAUUAAAUUGCCUUAUUUUUAUUUCUACAAUUGAAAAUUACAUUGAACAUCAAUGACUCAGGAACAAACAGCAUCUUUAUCAGCAUUGGCUUAAAAACAAUCAGAUUAUGUACAAGUCAUCUCUGUUAUAAAAUGGUUUUAUCAUGGUAUUAAACACUCAUAUGCAUCGGAACAUUUUUUGUUUGAAAACAGAAACAGAUGAGUUCGACGCCUGUAGAGAUAAAUGUUUUUAACCCUUUUGAGGAUAAAUGUGAGGGAGUUUUUUGGAACCCUAAUUUAAAAAUGUUGGCAUUUAAAUGAAUUAGUUCAUGAACUAUUUUAUAUUUCCCUUUAAUUCUUCUUUGUAUAGGUUAACAGAAUGUUUACAGAUAACUGUUACUCAAAAAAAUUACAAAAAAAAAUCUCUGGACAAUGAAGAAAGUGUUCUUUGCUCAAAGGGUUAAGCAAAUAACAGUUUCAGAAACUACAACUCUUAGCAAUCAAACCUAUUCAUACAACACUAGCAUGAAGGAGUAUGGUUGCAAAGUAAUUUUCAUUCUGUGUAAAAUGUUAUUUCUGAGGAAAAGACAUUGAGUGGGUAAGGUAUGUUAAGAGAAAAAUACUGUGCAGUUUUCAUUCAAAUUUUAAAAGAAUAAAGCACAUGUUGGAAGACAUUUAAAA